AGACUAUUUAAGCGGCUUCUUUGAGUGUUGUGUUACAGUAAGUGCUGCCUAAGAUCAUACAUCAGUUAGCUGACCUUUGCUAACGUUUACAGUAAACAUUUGCCCAAGACGUCGAUGUAUCUAUAGGAGCUUCAACUAUUGUUCUUGUCAAGAUUUCGAGAUUUUUAAAGAUCACUAAUUUGUCUACUCAGGCAGAGGAUUUAUGACUUAAGACAUACAGGAAUUUCUGUAAUCCCGUCUGUAGACGAUUUUUUAAGUAUUUCUGAUACUCUGAUUAGAUGGUUUGCAUAAGGUGGAAAGUGACAUAGAGUUUUUUGGAGCUGUAGUCUAUUGAUUACAACUAAGAUGAAAUACCGUUCACCCUCCAUACCAUACCUUCUUUGAAUAAGAGUCCUCAUUCAUAUCAUCAACUUUAACAUCGACCCCUAAGUUUUUCAGUAGUGGUUCCGCGUUCAGGUAUGAUCACCCCUAGUUGACCGGAAGAAAGCUCGAAGCACCCGAACUAGGACGUCUUAUCAGUCCGUGAAAUCAUGAGUAGUCAGUUUUGGUCUUGUUGGCAGUUUCGAACUCCCUGCCUAGGUUUAGCAUGGUUAUCGUAUCCGGUGGUUAGAUGCGUUCGAUGACAUGGCUCAGUACCGAUAUCAUUGGCGCAGAUGCAUUUACUCUACCUUCUUUGAGAUACUAGGUUUCAAACUAUCUUGUGCUUUUUUACUUAACGAAUUCCUCUUCUUUGGGGUUGUGUUAUUUGUUUUCUAAUCUUUUCUGCUGUUCUUACUACUACUCUAGGAUUCGUUUUGACGUUUCCAUCUAGCUGUUAUUGUGAUGUAGCAACUUAACCCGUUUGACAUAUAGGCCAACUUCCACAGUGUGUGUAACUGACCGACUAGGAUCUAGAGGAGAUAUUUUCACGAAAUCGUUAUGUAACUUAAUAGAGAUUGCAUCUACCACAAUAUUCCUAUCUUCCUCUGCAGUUUGAUCUUUUCCUUCAGUGAAAAAUUGGUGAACUUGCUCUGAAACAGUGGCUAGAAGAGUAUUCUCUUCUUAUCGAUGUAGAGUAGUAGCACCGGAUAUUUUUUUCAUCAAACUAGUAACAAUACUAGUAAGGCUAAGUGGGUGGUGUUUAUUAACCAAAUGUUUGUCCCCAGUUUGUACACCAGUUACUUGGAAGUUUAGAUUCUUGCUGUGAUAAGCCAAACAGGAUUGCCAGCGGUUUUGCAAUUAUUUCAGACAAGACAUAGUUUUCAUCAUGAAGUAUUUAUCACUUCAAGGACUUCAUUCAAAAAUCUUAGAUAUAACAAUUCAGACUAUCGGUGACUUGAUAAAUUUGUCUAGUGGUCAAGCUUUUCCAAUUUUUUUCCACUCCAUUCAGCAUCAUAUGUCAAGCCAGUAUAUAGAAAUUGACUUGACCAUUCAGGAUACUUUGGGUUCCCAGUCUUAUAAACUGACUUGUUUCUGCACAAAGCAGUCACUUAAGCAUAUGGCAACAAUCUUCAAAAUCUCGAUGUCGCUAUGUAGAAGAAAAAGUCUGCGGAGAAUGAGUUAUAGGCUCUUUCCUCGACCCCACCUUAUUUCAAAAGUGAAUAAUCCUAUGGUCUGUGUAACUUUAUAAUCCCAGUCAACUCUGCUUUGUUUCACAUUAAGUUAUCGUCUGCCUCCUUGCUCAUCUGGCGGAUUAACCGACUUCAACUGUUUCCCCACACCAAAUGUAAUACAGUCUCAAAUUUAAUUCUCCUAACUUGCUCAAAUUAUCCUAAAUUUUGGUGUUGUUUGUUUUCACAGCCACUAGGUGGUUAUCGAAGUAUUCAUACACCACUCACUUUUAAUUCUUUUAUUCCAAUCAGCUAAUAAGUUGAAUUCGACGAAACGUCUAACAAUCAGUAUCAUAUUGCCUCCAUAUCUUCUCCUGGAUGUUGGAAACCUAUGGCACCAAAUGUCACAAAAUCUGGGUCUAGGGUAUAAUGUCAGAUACAUCCAACCACAUAAUAUCAAAACGCAAUGAACCCACUGUUAAACUUUUCAGAUUAGUUGAUACAUUGUAAUUCGAUCAGCAGAAUUAGAUCAGCACCAGGGGCUAGAAGGACGUGACAUUAGUCACUAUCCAGAAAUAGUAUAUAUGCAAUAAAUGAAUAUAAAACUGAAAGUUCUUUUUUCAUAAAGUCGAGGUAAGCAGUCAGCUGACCGUUGUCAACAUAGAACCUAGCGCAUAUACCCAUAAGUUCAAAUCCCCAUGCCUUAUCACGACAGAGAAAUGUGAAGUUAUCUAUAAACAAUAUCAACAAUGGUAAAGAAGAUUAACCAUAAAGAAGGUUACUCAGGAUGGAUGAAUUUGCGAAACAAAAGGCGUUAAAUGAUUCUGAAACACAUGAUCUAAGAGGGGACAAAACGUGAAUGCAUCUGCGUUACUGAAACCAAUUCUAUGUCAUUUCACUCGACGUAUCGAUUGUUCACGAUUAUCAUGUGAACACCAACUAGGUAUUCUACACCUUAAAAAAUGACUCAUUCCAACAGUCAUCGACUUCAUGGACUGAUUUGACGUUUUGGCUUGACCACCCCUAACAUUCUUCCUACCUGCUUCUACGUCAGCCAACAUCGCGCGUCGAGUUAAGCAGUAGCUGGAAACUGGUAUAUGCAUAUUGUUGUAAGCACUUUAGAGAUUUAUAUUAGUUAAAUCUUAGUGUUCUAAUAUCUCUAUGUUCAAGCAUAUCAUUCAGAAGAUUUGUAAAUGUUAUAGUUUAUGUAUACGUAUAAUGAAUGUAUUAUGGUUUUUUUUGAAAAUAUAAGCUGUAUUCAACUGACCGGGGAACAUCCUUACGAUGAAUACAAACUACCCUCCAUCUCGUCUUCAAGUAUCAAGUUUGUCAUGUAAAAAUAAGUGUGGCUUUUAUGGGAAUCCUUCAUGGGAUGGAUAUUGUUCCGUGUGCUAUCGCAACGCUCAUCAAAGACAAUCGAAUUUUCGUCAGGCUUCCUCCACUUCAUCACUUUCAACUCCAAAUUCGGAAGUAGAGGUUAAGCCUAAACAUAGCACUGGAAGGAAUACAACUUCUAUCAAAAAUAUAUUUAAGGUUCCUCGAGAUGAUAACCGGGACCAAAUUUCAGUGAACCCAGAAGAGUGUUUACAAGCCGAAAAAGAAUUUAAAACAUUUCUAAACACCCUUCGAGCCUCUGCAAAUGCCGACAUUUCCCGCCAUGUUUCAAAGCUUAUGGAACAGUUGGAGCCUAUUCGAAGUUCAAAUAUUAAUCAAGCCUCAAUGAUUGUGCAAGACUUUUAUCACAACCUUUCAAACCGUAUUUCAAAUAAUCCUAUGUAUUCAAAUUUGUCACCAAAAACCAAAGAAUCUGUUUUAAACUCAGUUGAACGUUUCGUUACAACUUGGAUUUAUUUUUGGGCUUUUGCUUCACCUACAACGGACGAUGAGGAAAUAGAUUUGAAAUUACAGGAAAAAAUUCGAUCAUUGCAUUGGGUAACUCCCUACUUGCUUGAUUCACCGAUUAAUCCCAAUUCGUCAGAGGAACUUGCCCAUUUAGAUCUAGCAACAUUUGCUCUUAUCAAAGUGAAUACAUUACUUGCAUCUGAAGAUAAAUUAAAUCAAAUAGUUCAGUGUUGUCGUAGUGUAUUCGAUGCAUUAAGAGCUCACUAUCGAAAUUAUGCCGCUAUAACACAACAAUAUUUAUCUAACAACGAUAAUAAUGAUAAAAGCCCAACACCUGAUUAUAUGCCUAGUCAAAAUGAAAAUAACAAUUCAACUCAUGUACAAAAUAAUGUCAUGAAUAACUCUGUGAAUAUAACUAAUAAUGUUGUAUUUGAACAAGAAGAUACCGCUAAUGCUGACGAUUUUUUACCGACACUAAUUUGGAUUGUAUUGAAUUCAAAUCCACCAUUAAUCUAUUCUAAUUUACAAUUUAUUAUGAGAUUUGCUAAUCAGAAUAGACUGAAUAGUGGUGAAGCUGGUUAUUUCUUCACGAAUUUAUCGUGUGCUGUUCACUUCCUGAGAAAUCUAACUCAUGAGUCAUUAAGUUUAUCCGAGGAAGAUUUUAGUCGAUGUAUGCGAAAAGGUUUAUUAUUAAUCAGACGUCCUGGUGAACCAUUAUCAGAAAACGAAAAAUUAUUAAUGGAUAAUGGAAUUCGUCUUGCGGAUUUAGAAGAUAGCCUAAAUGAUUUAAAUACAAAAUUAGAAUCAGCUGAAUUGGAUAUGAAACGAUUUCAUGAAUAUUUUCAUCAUGAAAUAAAACAAAUACGAACAAAUAUUCCAUUGAAUGUACGUAUAGAUGAUUUAGAUUCACGUCAUUUAGAAAAUCCACAUAUUUUAUUAUUAGGUCCAUUAUGUAAAUCAAAUCGGCAAAAUGAGUCAUUACUAGACUGUGAUUUGGAUGAGACUACAAAUCGUCUAUUACCAGAUCCCAUACAACCGACUCCAUAUGUUGCUGUUGAUCAUUGUAAAAAAAGUAUAUAAAUCUAUAUACAUCUAUUUACUUAUUUAUAAGUUUUUUUUUUAAAAAUAAUAUUAACUUUUAAUUUUCAUUGAAUUUUAAUUUAGAAAGAACGUUUAUAUUUCUUUCGAAAGGUUUUUAUGGAUGUAUAGUGUAAACAAUCAAUAAAUUAGUGUAUAUUAAA